AUGCUGCUGCUGCCCAGCGGCGUCACGGUGGAGGUGAUCGUGGUGAACAUCGUGUCUGCGGGUCACGUGUUUGUGCAGCAACACACUCACCCCACAUACCACGCCCUCAGGAGCCUGGACCAGCAGAUGUCCCUGUGCUACUCACAGCCAGGGACGCCAGCCCUGCCCUCGCCUGCGGAAGUGGGGGUGAUCUGUGCAGCACCUGCAGGAGACGCCGCCUGGUGGCGAGCUCAGGUCAUCACGUUUUACAAAGAAUCAAACGAAGUCGAGAUUCGAUACGUGGACUACGGAGGAUACGACCGUGUGAAGAUCGACACACUGCGGCAGAUCAGAUCUGAUUUUGUAACACUACCAUUUCAAGGUGCAGAAGUUUUGCUCGACAACAUUGCGCCUCUUCCAGGAGAGGACCGCUUUUCUGCCGAAGCCACGACGGCGUUGGAGGAGCUGACCAGAGGAGUUGCACUUCUGGCACAGGUCUCAAACUACGACAACAACACAGGGCUCCCGCUGGUCCAUAUGUGGAACAUGGUCGGAGAUGAGGUCGUCUCUGUGAAUCGCACACUGGCUGAACGAGCGCUGGGCGUUUGGGUGGAGAGCUUCUAA